ACCAGACCUGAGCGAACAGGGCAGCCUGGAAGAGGUGGCAGGUUCCAGGAGAGGGUCAGGUGGCUGGGCAGGAUGCGUGUCUGGUGCUGAGCCUGGAGCCGGGGCCUUGUGAUGUUUGCCUUGGGGCUGCUUCUCUGGCUGGCCUGGUGGCUCGGAGCUGGGGACAGUUUCAGCUAAAGAAUGCCUUCUCUUUUUUUCCCAGGACACAUGGAAGCCGCCCGCCCACUAGCUGAAGACCAGCGGAGUCCUGGGACUAAUGGUUACCCACACUGCUGAGGAUGGCACCGUCGCCCAGACAGGCACCAGGACAAAGGAAAACCCGGGGCGCUCCUGGAGAGUGAUCCUGAUGUCUGUUCUGAGCUGCGCACUCAAGGGUGUGAUAACAGCUGACCCCAGUCGGCGCCAUGGCUUCCGCGGAGCCCCUGACGGCGCUGUCCCGCUGGUACCUGUACGCCAUCCAUGGCUACUUCUGCGAGGUGAUGUUCACGGCGGCCUGGGACUUCGUGGUGAACUUUAACUGGAAGUUCCCAGGGGUCACGAGCGUGUGGGCGCUCUUCAUCUAUGGCACCUCCAUCCUGAUCGUGGAGCGCAUGUACCUGCGCCUGCGGGGCCGCUGCCCGCUGCUGGUGCGCUGCCUCAUCUACACGCUCUGGACCUACCUGUGGGAGUUCACCACCGGCUUCAUCCUGCGCCAGUUCAACGCCUGCCCCUGGGACUACUCCCAGUUCGACUUUGACUUCAUGGGCCUGAUCACCCUGGAGUACGCAGUGCCCUGGUUCUGCGGGGCCCUCAUCAUGGAGCAGUUCAUCAUCCGCAACACCCUCCGCCUCCGCUUUGACAAGGACGCCGAGCCCGGGGAGCCUGGAGGCCCCCUGGCCCUGGCCAACGGCCACGUCAAGAUUGACUGAGAGGGAGCCUUUUGGGGGGGGUCUCAUGCACCCUGUGGGGAAAGGUACCAAGCUGGUGGAGUUGCCCCUUCUGUACAGCACAAGCCCUGCCCCAUCCUGGCCUCAGCCCUGUGGGGCACACGCAGCCCCCAUUCCCUCCACUGUGAGUUGGUGUUGGGGGCUGGCUGUAGAGGCAGCAGAGGUACUUUGGGAAUGGUCCGUGGACCUCAGCCCAGCUCGGAGGCUGGUGGCAGAGGACCUGAGGCUCUGCAGCGGCUAGAGGACAUGGGUGACUUUGGAAGCAGCAGGCCCUGUCCUGGCUAAGAGACUCUGAGAAAUGGGCAGGAGGUGGGAGGCAAGGUCUGAGGAGGCUUGGGGGGCUGCCUCGGCCACCUGGCUCUCUCUCACCUGACUUACGUGGGCUUUGGCUGGUUCCAUUAGGCAAUAUUCAGGUGCUUGCUUGCAACCAAUACCUCCCCGGGGCCUGCUGAGCUGCAGCCUAAGGAGAGACUGGGCAGCCGUGCUGUUCUGCAAGGGCUGGGAGGCCUUCCCUCGGCUCCUCUCCCCUCCCCCAGGGCCCCACGCUGCUUUCUUGGCCUUCUGGGGGCCCCCUGGUGCUGGAUUCCCACCAACCUUGGGCUUUCGGAGGUUUCAGUCCCUGUGUGUUCGGUGGCGUUUCCCCGUUUUCUCUCUCAUUUUCAAGGCCUUUAUCACUUUUAGCCCUUUACCCAUGUCAGUCAUCUACCAAUCCCCAACUCUGACUCCGCAGCCCACACAGCAGCUGCUGGAGGUAGAACCCCGAGACAGGCCGCGCGCCCUCUGCAGCCUCCCUCUGCUGUUACCCCAGCCUGGGCUGUGGCAGUGCCCCUGGUGCUCUCCUCCAUCCAUGCCCCUCCCUGCAGUGGUCCAGCUGAAAAAUGAAGGGCACCCACACGCACAGUCAGGCCAAGAUGGGCCCCACAGGUCCGUGGUGGGGACUUAGAGACAAAUCAGUGUGUGUGGCGGGUGACGGGAGGUGCCGCCUGGAGGCAGGUAAAGGCACACCUCACUGGUUUCGUUUCAGUCCAUUCAGGGGCAGUCCAGCAUUCUAGGGGAUGGGGGAGGGCAUCCAGUGUUGGAGACCCACGGAGAGUGAGUGAGGGCGACCCUCCCAUCCUUGGUGGGAAGGGGUCAUUUCUGGUUCUGCCAUAGCCCCAGCCCUGCGGCAAAACCUCCUCAGGGCCGCCCCUUCCUCACCCUUCCCAGCAAGGCUGACACUUUGAGCUUGCCCCUGAAGCAGUAUUACCCUGCCACUCUCACAGACAUUGUCAUCUGGGUUGCCCUGCCUUCCCCCAGGACGCGUCCAUUGCUGGCAGUGGACAGGUGAAACCAUUACUCCAGCCCACUUCCGGCUCUGCCCCCACUCGCCAAGGGGAGGGGUCCAUCAGCACAGAGCCGAUCCCAUGGUACAUGGUCUCUUCUUGACCACACUAGAACUCUUAGGUAGAAAUGAGCCCUUCCUUUUUUAUGGAACAUUAAAAAGUGAUAAUGCCACCUGUGGAGAGAAUCUCCUCUUCCUUGCUCUGUCGCAGCCCCUAGAUCGUGCAGACAGCACUGGCCCAGGGCAGGUGGGCGGGCUGUGGGCGGGAGUGCAGUCCCCGGUGGGGAGAAAGGCUGAGAGACUCCUCAGUCCUCGGCAGGGUUGCUUCCUGCAGUCGACCCUGCUUGGGACAGGAUGACGGGUGUGUCCCAGCCUCUGUCCUGGCAGGCUGUCACCUCCAGGCACGAGGUACGUUCUGCCGGGGCCAGCCCUACCUUUGAUUUUCCCGCAGCCCUAGUUCCAAGGCUUUGGGCCUUCUAGGGAUUCAGGCUUCCAGUGGGGGUAGAUUGCUUUUCAUCUGCGGGGGAUUCCAGAGGAAGACUUGUCUGGCUUCCCUGUUCCCUCCAGGUAAUUGUUGCCUUGGUCCUUUUCCCCACCUCCAUGCCAUUUCAGUCUCUUGGACCCCAACACCCCUGCAGGCCCUCAUAGGGGACCCUAGAACACACCACCCACCUUUGCUGCCCCCUUCCGCCGAUGGAAUCUGGUGGUCAGCUUGUUGAUGCCUCCCAGCAUAAGGCCUCCACAGUUCUCAGCCUGACCAAGCCCUUGGAUGGCUCCCUGGACCUGGCUGCUCCAGAUGCUGCCCCACGGGCAUUCCUCGGCACCACCUUUUCUCUGGACCCUCUAGACUCCCAAGUGCGGGAGGCCCUGGAGUAAGCCUGCCUCCCUGGCAAUGCGCAGAGCAUUGUGGUUCUGCUUCAUUCAGGUGCCCCAUGGCUCCUAUUGUCCCUCAUAGGGCACAGGGUCCCCCACAAAGGGAGGCGAUGAGCCAGAGCUUGACCACAGGGUCUGCAGGCUCAGAGCUCACCGGGGGUAGCCCAGACUUCCACUCCUCUUUUUUGGGUAUCUUCAGGGCCCCCCAUUCCUUAGUGCCCAGGGACUCAAAGUUUGGAAUAAUCCCAGCCCCGCCAAGCAGUGGAGGUACUGGCGGAGAGACUCUGCUUGCUGUAUAUGAACCGCUGGUGUCCUGGGCCUCUCCGCUGGACAUCACAGCAUCUCUGAGUUACACAGAUCGCCGUGUGCUGCCCUGCAUGGUUGACCGCUUCCAUGUCUGCUAGGUAUCCUGCCCCUUGUGCCCUGUUCCCUCUGAUGCCAGUGAGUCCUAAUGGCGUCACAAUGGCCUAUGCUUAUUCUCAGCAAUAAUACCUAGAGAGUGCCCAUGAGUCCUUUUGUCCUGGUCCCUUGCCCUCUGCAUAGGUCUCCUGGGGAGGCAGCCGCUGAGUGGGCCAGGUCAUGAGAACCUGUAUUUUUGAAGCUCUGGGCUGUACAGACAUCAUCGCAGGGGAUGCAGAGAGGCCCAGCCCUGAGGGAGCCAUGACUGCGGCAGGGAGAACACCUCCCCCGCCACCCCGCCCGAGGCCGCCCUAGACCUGGGGGCGCUGCAGGUCCCAGCUCUGCAGAAGGGCCUUCGGGGCAGGUGGGACUGUCUCUCAACUGCAGCAGCUCUUCAGAAGGACACAUAGCUGGUUUGUGCGCCCAUUGCCUGCUCUGUCUCUGUUGGUCUCUGUCUUUUCACGUUUGUGCACAUAAAAUAUACUGGUGUUUGUGU